AUGGAUGGAUGUCAUUCAAGUCUUAACACAAUGGUAGAUGGCUAUGCACGGAUGGAAAGAGCCCUCAAUGCCACUGGUCGUCCCAUCAUUUUCUCCUGCAGUUAUCCUUAUUACUUUCUCGAGAAAGGAAAAAGGUACAAUCUUGUUUCCGUGCAUCUAUUAGUGUUGACGAUUUGGCUCCACGCAGACAAGCAGGUUGACUUGACCGUCACUGGAAACUCAUGUAACUUGUGGCGAUUCUAUGCUGAUGUCGAAGGCUCAUGGAGAUCAAUUGCUGGCAUAAUUCGAUAUGUAGACGAUCACCAAGAUACACUAGCAGCAGCGCAAAGGCAUGGUGCAUGGAAUGAUAUGGAUAUGAUUGUCGCCGGCUUGGGAUCUCUCACUCCCGACCAAGCAAGGGUACAAAUGACGCUUUGGUCCAUAUGGUCUUCUCCACUCAUCAUGUCAAAUGACUUACGUACACUGAAUGCCGAAUUUCGGGAAAUUCUGCAGAAUCGUGACGUCAUCGCCAUUGAUCAGGAUCCACUGGGUGUGAUGGGGAAGUUAGUGAAGGAGGACUUUGAUGUAAGGAUCUACGCAAAACCGGUUACACCCGUUAUCAAUGGGCUCACCUCGUUUGCUGUUGCAGUUGUCAAUAUGAAUGAGUAUGAAGGCGCGGUGAGUUUAUAUAUUACGUACCUGUGGCUGUGCUAG